AUGUCCUCUCCAGCACCGCCUGCCUCCCUGACGCGCGCCUCGGUCGAAGCCGCCCACGCCCUUAUCAAACCGCACAUCCACGACACGCCCGUCUUGACCAACACCACCUUGACCAACAUCGCCAAUACUCGUCAAGCACCCGAAGCCCUGCAAGGAACAGAAUGGGAGGGCCACGAGCCCGCGCACCCGAGGGUGAAGCUCUUUUUCAAGUGCGAGAAUUUGCAGCGCAUUGGCGCGUUCAAAGUACGCGGAGCCUUCCAUGCCGUAACGCGAUUGAUUGAGAAAGAAGGGCUGGAGCAAGUGCAGAGGAAGGGAGUAGUCACACAUAGCAGUGGAAACCACGCGCAGGCCCUUGCGCUUGCUGCAAAGACCUUCUCCAUCCCCGCCCACAUCGUCAUGCCCUCUAUCUCCACGCCCUCCAAGAUAGCCGGGACCCGCGCCCAGAAUGCCAAUAUACAUUUCUCCGGCUCCACGAGCACCGAACGCGAGGCUGUCGUUGCAGACGUAAUCAAGGACACAGGCGCUACCCUAAUUCCACCAUACGACCAUCCUCACAUCAUCCUCGGUCAAGGCACAAUGGCGCUGGAGAUACAAGACCAAGUAGAUAAGCUGCUUGCAAGUGGUGAGAAACUCGAUGCCGUCAUAGCGCCCUGUGGUGGCGGCGGCAUGCUAAGUGGCAUCGCAGUCGCACUGCACGGCACUGGCGUACGUGUUUUUGGCGCGGAACCCAGUUUUCAAGGUGGUGACGAUGCGAGGAGAGGCGUUGAAGCGGGUGAACGUGUCACCAGCGUCAAGACCUUGACCAUCGCAGAUGGACUUCGCACACCCCUCGGCCAUCACACGUGGAACAUCAUCUCGAACAAAGACUACGUGCAGGCCCUAUACGCCGUCACGGAGCAGAACAUUAAAGAUGCCAUGAAACUCGUCCUGGAGAGGAUGAAGUGUUUCGUUGAGCCGAGUGCCGUCGUUGGGCUGGCAACUAUAUUGUACAACGAGGAUUUCAGGAAUAUGGUGCAGAGGGAGGCUGCGGACAAGACUUGGAACAUUGGUGUUGUGUUUAGUGGAGGCAACACCACGAUAGAGGCUAUUACAAAGAUCUUUGCCGAGGUACCGGAGAAUAGGGCAGAGCGGCAGGAGGGCGUGCUGGGUAGAGAUGGUAGGAGGGUAGCGGAGAACGUUGCGGGUUAA